AUGAAAGGAUUUACUAGAGAAGGAAUUCUGCACUCGGUCGCAAAGCCGGUUAAAGGUUGUGGAAAAAGAAAAGAUUUGAAGAUGGAAACAGUGGCUUGGUGGCAGUGCCCUCUUUGCAUUGGACAUCUCCAUUAUCACCGCCAUUGUACCUGUCAGGGUCAGGCACACGAUCCGCUUUCACAGGCCCCUCCAUCUUCAGAGGCCACAACAAAUAAGCAGCUUUUCCGUCCGUCGCGUGUGCAACCGUCCAGGUGCCUUCAGCUGCUUUCCUCAACACCCGCAACAAGCCUAAUGCUGAGAGCCGUGAGUCACCAGUCAGCCGCAAGAGCGCGGUAG